GGAAGUGAGUCACUGUGCCAGUACCUAAGAUGGCCGCCACCCCACUUGCUUCAGUGGACGAUAGAUGAGAAGCCGGCGUGAGCCCAGAAGUUGCCCGGCUAGGCAGUGGUAGCUUCGGGGGCGUAGCUUCCGGUGGCCCGCGCCUGCGAGUCCCGGCGCUGAAUCUAGUGGAGGUGGCAGGUGACAGGCGCUGCUGCCCGGUCGGCGGCGGCUGGUGCCCAGGCAAACCAGCGGCCUCCAGCUCGCGGCCCCGCAAGGCUCCACGGCCGCACCGUGGGAUGGACGAGGGGAAGAUGGACGAGAAUGAAUGGCGGUACCACGGUGAAGGCAACAAGAGCCUAGUGGUGGCCCAUGCGCAGCGUUGUGUGGUGCUUCGUUUUCUGAAGUUUCCUCCUAAUAGGAAGAAGACCUCAGAAGAAAUAUUUCAGCACCUGCAGAACAUAGUGGACUUUGGCAAAAAUGUCAUGAAAGAGUUUUUGGGUGAGAACUAUGUUCAUUGUGGGGAAGUUGUUCAGCUGCCUUUAGAUUUUGUGAAACAGCUUUGUUUAAAGAUACAAUGUGAAAGACCAGAAUCUCGCUGUGACAAGGACCUGGACACGCUCAGUGGCUAUGCCCUGUGCCUCCCCAACCUAGCCAGACUGCAGACCUACCAGUUUGCAGAGCGCCGGCCGAUUCUGUGUGUAGAGAUCAAGCCCAAAUGUGGGUUUAUUCCCUUCUCCAGUGACGUUACGCACGAGAUGAAGCACAAGGUGUGUCGUUACUGCAUGCACCAGCAUCUCAAGGUAGCAACUGGGAAGUGGAAGCAGAUAAGUAAAUACUGCCCUCUCGAUCUCUACUCAGGAAAUAAACAGAGAAUGUACUUUGCUUUGAAAAGCUUGUUACAGGAGGCACAGAACAACUUAAAGAUCUUUAAGAAUGGUGAGCUGAUUUAUGGCUGCAAAGAUGCCCGCAGCCCCAUGGCUGACUGGAGUGAGCUCGCGCACCACCUGAAGCCAUUCUUCUUCCCAUCCAAUGGCCUGGCCAGUGGACCCCACUGCACAAGGGCUGUGAUCCGGGAGCUGGUGCGUGUCAUCACACGGGUGCUACUGAGUGGCUCGGACAAGGGCCGGGCGGGCGCCCUCAGGUCGGGGCCUGGGCUGCGGGGCCCACCCGUCUGUGAAGCCAGCCCUUUCAGCAGGAGCCUGCGCUGCCAAGGAAAAAACACCCCGGAGCGCUCAGGGUUACCGAAGGGCUGUCUUCUGUACAAAACCCUCCAGGUGCAGAUGUUGGACCUGCUGGACAUCGAAGGCCUCUACCCUCUGUACCGGCGGGUUGAGCGGUACCUGGAGGAGUUUCCUGAGGAGAGAAAAACAUUGCAAAUAGAUGGGCCUUAUGAUGAAGCAUUUUACCAGAGGCUGCUCGAUCUUUCCACUGAGGAUGAUGGUACAGUGGCUUUUGCAUUGACAAAGAAUCAGCUUGCCAAGUUCUACAAAGAAACCAGCUGUGACUGUGAUAGGGAUUGUGUGAGUCUGCACUUUGCUUGCAUGGUUCAGCAGUACCGGGUUGCCAUGACUGCGAAGGACUGCUCCAUCAUGAUUGCACUCUCUCCUUGUCUGCAGGAUGCAAGCUCCGAUCAAAGGCCUGUUGUCCCUUCAUCGAGAUCUAGGUUUGCCUUCUCUGUGUCUGUGCUGGACCUGGACCUCAAGCCCUACGAGAGCAUUCCUCAUCAGUAUAAACUGGAUAGCAAGAUAGUCAACUACUAUUUAAAGACUGUACAUGCCAAAGAUGCCACCGUGAUGUCGACAAGGUUCAAGGAAAGCGAAGAUUGCACGUUAGUUCUCCAUAAGGUCUAACCUUUUUCUUGUAGUGGCUUUGAAACUUGAACACAGAAUGUGAAGGUUGAAUGAUAGAGCUAUUUUCUGUUGUGUUGGGUGACUUCUGGCUGUGAAUGUUUUUGCUUUUCAAGCCCUGUUCAGGUGGGACUGCCUCUAGGAGACAUGGAAUGCCCUUAGAGACAGCUUCCAGGACAAGGAAUGUUGGACAUGAGCCCAGCAGUGUGCUGUGUCCCUGGAGGCCCCCCUGGGCAGUUCUCCCUUUCCACCCAGGGUUCACAUCUAAUCUCUAAAAAGCCUUAUAAGACCCCAGGUUUGGAUUUCCUACCACCAGAAUCCUAACAUAGAAAACUUGAAUUGUCACAUACACCUUACAGUUUGGACUUUGAAGAAAACACAGAUACUACUGGAACGUUCCCAGCUGAGUUACCUGGUCACUCUUCCAACACAAGCCGUGUGUCAGCACGGGUUUAGCAGUUCCCUGCUGUGGGGAGCGCUGAGUUGCUGAUGUGGACGUCAGUUCUGAGCAGCGGACUCACAGUCCGUGUGGAGGUGCUGUACCCAUUGCUCUGCUCAGGGUCAGCAGGGAGCGUGGGACUCAGGGCAGGGGUAGACACCACUCAUGCGAGCACUGACUUUCUAUUUUGUGUUGAAUGAUUUUAUCUUUAACUUUAGGGGAAACAAGGUAUCCUUUCCCACCUGAAAUUGCUGCUGUGGAAGCUGAAAGCAGAGCUGUAACUCUGAGCUGCUAUGCCCAGGGUGGGUGUUGUGGGGUGCCUGUGCGUCUGCCAGUUCUGUGUUCUGACAUUUUUGGAUGUUUGGGAAACCUCAGCUACUUCUGCCAGGGUCAGCAACCUGAUUCGGGUUUCACUAAGAUGUGUGGUGUUGGUGGCCUUGAGUAAUUCUGGACCGCCUCCCCAUCGGGGCUGCCCAGGGCCCUGCUUCUGCAUGAUGAGCGACUCCUGGCUGGCACCAAGAGGGUUCUUGUUGGGGUCACCAAAAGCAUGCCCAGCUGCUAUGAAAACUGUUGGGAAUCUUGGCUUCAGUUUUUUAUUCUAUGGUAGGUUGUAAUAGAUUAUUUAUAUCAUCAUUUUGAGGGACUAAUGAAGGCUUAUUGUAAUAUAAUAGUGAAACCAUGAGAUUGUAUGAAAAUACUAUACAAAAAAUGAGAAUAUUUUGCUGAUUAUAAUUUUUGUGGGGAAUUUUGUGAUAAAUUGAGAAUUAUGCUUAUUUGAAUCAAGCCAGCUCUUCUAGAAUUUAUUCUUCAGUCCUGUCCUACCAUUUACUUCUUACUUCUUCACUCAGAGGUUCAAAAAGAUACUCAAAUAACACAUGCCUCUCAUUCAUGUGGGAUGCUGGGUACAGGGCUUUGGAGAUUCCACACAUAGGGGUGUGCAUGGAGCCCUGUUCUCAUGGUCAAGUUGCAGGCUCCAGAGUGCACGGAAGUAGAUAGCUGCCAGAGUUGUUUUGGCCUGAGGUUGUUCCUUGUUGCUGGCCUGGGGUGAGGAUGGUCUUGCCCAGCACCAGGGUAUGCAGGGGACCCUGAAUCUCUUGUGUGUGGAGCUCUGAAACCCCAGCCCCUCAAGGAGGUAGGCUGGGCAGCCUCCUGUUGCCUAUUCUGACUGGAGUGAACAGUCUGAAAACAAUCACCCUCUAUUUGGGGGAAAAAAAUUAAAGAUGAGUAUCUCUUGCUAGAGGGUCUUGACUCAACCCUUUGCACUUCUCACACUCCACCUCAGCCCCUUCCCUGAGGCUUUCAUUUGAUGGAAACAGUGUUUUCACCCAUUCUACUUUAAACUGGCGACUCAGGUCAGUGCAGCACUUAGGACUCGGGGGGACUUUAAUGGAAACACUGUUUCUUCUGUGCAGAGGGGCCAGGGACUAAGGCCCUGUGUGAAGGGGCAAUGCCCUGUUUGCUGUCUUACUGCAUUUGUUAAUGUUAACCACUCUCCUGUUUUGUGAAAGACCAUGAAGAGUGAAUGUCAGAGGACUUGCUGCUGAGAGGUGCUGUGAAAGCCUCCAGUGCUGCUUCUAGAGCCAGGAGGUGAGGAGGGCGGUGUGGCUCCCCUGAGGUGUCUGAGGAAUGUAAAAGAAAUGAGGCUGCACUGGUAAGCCCUCCAGGAGUCCCUCAGUGGUGGAUGGUAGGAGGAGGGCCAACCUUUGAGAUGGGCUGGUGCCGCCUCUGCCCUUAGAUUCAUACCAAGGUAGGGGCACGGUGGCUCCCCAUAUCCCAGGAUGGAUAGCCACUUCUGUACUUUCUCGGAUGUUGAGUUUACUUUAAAAAAUACACUAUAUGUGUCACUUGUUUGGUAUUUUGAAUUUAAAUAACUGUAUUUAUUUUUCCUGUCCUGACAACUUAAAUAUAAUGUGCCAUAAUUGCAUAAACAUGUUCUAAAGGUAAGGUUUCUAAGUGGAAAAGAGCAAAUGUUUAUAUUCAAUAAAAUCACACACCUCCAGGUGCAGCAUCUUA